AUGGAGGUGUCAGGGCUGGGCAUGAGCUUCUCGGGGUUCAAACUACUGCCUGCAGCUGUGUCCUGUGCUGCCCUGGACCCCAUCCAGGCAUUGCAGGCUACAGGGAGAGAGGCCGGGCUCUCCAGAACCCCACGCGGAACCGGCUCCCCGAUCCGUUUGGACCCAUCCAAAGCCAGCGGGACGGCCCUGGGGCCGGGUUCCCUCCGAUCGCGCGCGCUCUCCCAGCCCUGGCACACCAUGGGCGCAGCGCACUCGGCGUCCGAGGAGGUGCGGGAGCUGGUGGGCAAGACGGGCUUCUCCUGCGACCAGAUCGAACAGCUGCACCGGCGUUUCAAGCAGCUGAGUGGAGACCAGCUCACUAUUCGCAAGGAAAAUUUCAACAACAUUCCUGACCUGGAGCUGAACCCCAUUCGUGCCAAGAUCGUUCGUGCCUUCUUCGACAACAGGAAUCUGCGCAGGGGUCCCUGUGGCCUGGCUGACGAGAUCAAUUUCGAGGACUUCCUGACCAUCAUGUCCUACUUUCGGCCCAUCGACACCAGCAUGGACGAGGAGCAGGUGGAGCUGUGCCGGAAGGAGAAGCUGCGAUUUCUGUUCCACAUGUACGACUCGGACAGUGAUGGGCGCAUCACCCUAGAAGAGUACCGCAAUGUGGUAGAGGAGCUGCUGUCAGGGAACCCACACAUCGAGAAGGAGUCUGCACGAUCCAUAGCUGACGGUGCCAUGAUGGAGGCCGCCAGUGUCUGCGUGGGCCAGAUGGAGCCUGACCAGGUCUACGAGGGCAUCACCUUCGAUGACUUCCUGAAGAUCUGGCAGGGCAUCGACAUCGAGACCAAGAUGCAUGUUCGCUUCCUCAAUAUGGAGACCAUCGCCCUAUGCCAUUGACCCAAGCCCCGGGCACCCCUUUUGCUACUUCCUGCUCCUGUAAAUAGCCCAGAGGUUGUUUUUAUCUCCAAUAAAACCACCAAGAGGUUUACUAAA